GACGUUCUUCCCCUCGAAAGCUUUUACAACUGUCGGAACUUCCGGAUAAACAAAAACAAAUGACGUUAUUACAGUUUAGCAUUUAAUGUGGCUGGUCAGACUUUACUACAGACAUGUUAAGAAUGACAGAAUGUUCUGCUGAUGACAGCAAGAGCACUUACUGAUAACUUUCAGCUUUACUUCAGUCACUAAUUUUCCAUUACAGCUGCAGUUGUAAGAGUCUGCAUCAUUGUAGGUUACUGAACUGAUCAUCAGGGAGAAAUCUCCUCUGCUUGUAUCUCCUGGUAGUGUAAAACUUUUGUUAAAAUGCUCUUGUUUUGAACACAUCUGCUGAACAAUGACAACUUUGUCAGGAAUGAAGCGGAUCCACCGAACCACUGGACAAUUUCCUGAGCAGUUACACGAGAGGGUCAGGGCUUCAUUCACCAUCGAUUCUGUGAUGAUGAAGGCUUGGCACUGUGGCAUCAGCAGCCCGAGUUUUGUUUUUGUGGUAUCCUGCGACAUCGCCCAGCACCUGUCCGGUGGGGAGCGGUUGCUUCACAUCCGGUUUCCGUGGAGGAUGCCGCCCCACUUCCUGUCCGCGGGGGGUGUUGCAGGCCCGAGUUUUGCCCCUAUGGAUUUUUUUUUUCUGUGGAGGAGGAUUUUUUAUGUGAUUGGCCCUUCUGCUCGGCUGUGGACGUCGCUCGGCCCUCUCUGGCUAUGCCGCCGUGUGCCUUACUCCCCCCACCUGCCUUGCCGUGCGCCUUGCUCCCCCCUCCUGCCUCGCCAUGUGCCUCGCUCCCCCUUCCUGGACCCCGUUGGGACUGUCAAGACGGAUUGGCGCGUCGAGGGGGCGGUACUGUCAGGACUCAGCCCGGACUUUGGCCAUGUGCUUUUUGUUGACGUUCCAUAUUCACGUGUCUUCCCCGCCCUUGUCUCUUCCUCCCCGCCUCUGCACACCUGUCCCUCAUGUGUCUAAUUAUUAUUAGUAUUUAGUCAAGCCGCGUUGCUUUGAGCAGCGUGGAAUCCUCUGUUGUCUUUUGUUGUCAUCUUGUCUC